AUGGCCAAACUCAUCCAAUGGUAUCCCAGUUCCAUUGACAAUGCAAAUGGAAGGGCCACGGGGAUAGCGUCGCUUGCUCACUUGGUUAUGUAUAAAAUUAAUACAGAUAGCUAUUCGAAAACUGACAUUGUGGCCGUAAUGGAAGCUGCAGUUUAUGACGGGUUAGAUGUGAUUUCUAUUUCCCUUAACUGCUUGGAGUUUUGUAGUGUACAAAAUGGUGCUCCGUGGAUACUCAAUGUGGGUGUAAACAACAUUGGCAGAAGGAUUAGAGCAACUGUUGCGCUAGGAAACAAUGAAGAACUAGAUGGAGAGAUAGAGAAAAUUGAAACAGAUGAACCAAUCAGGAACGCUGGUGGUGCAGCCAUGAUUCUCAUGAACGAGAAGCUUGAAGGCUACAGUAUAAAUUUAAAGGCUCAUUUUCUUCCUGCAGUUUGUAUCAAUUACGUCAAUGGACCAAAAGUGAAAGCAUAUAUUAAUUCAUUGACUACUCUGACAGCUUCAAUUUCAUUCGAAUGA